AUGCUUGUUGUUCGUGUCUUCCAAUGGGUCUCCCAAAGCAAGAAAAGUGUGCAGCUUACCGCAGGCUCUAUCCUCGCAGCUCUAGCUGUCUCCACCCUAUGGCUGCUUUUUCAGGUUUCACCUGAGAGUAUUCCGUGCCACAGUGACCAGCUGAUAAAGAACGCAGAGUACUACGUCAUGCCCACAGAGAGCAAGGUACAUGCUGUCAGCGAAUACAGAGACGUAGAGUACGACCAGUACAACAUGAUACUUCUCACAGGCUCUGAAAAAGUGUCGCAUCUCAUAGCGAAGAUACACAAAACAGCGCAGACAAUGGAGAACAGGACAAAAGGAUACGACAUCAAAAUAGGAAAGUGCUCCUCGAUGGAAAUGAUGAAGUAUUUUCUUGUUUUGGAGAUAGAAAAAAGCAGCGAGACUGUGCUGUACACCAGAAACAGAGGAUGGCAGGCCAAUUCAGACGUGUUCUCCAUUUUCUGCGACAGACUCGAGAUUUCAGAGAUAAAAAAAAGAGAGCCGCAGUCUCUUGUCAAUUUGGUCUUUAACAAAAUAUCACUCGGCGUGGACGAGGAUGAGACUGAAGUUGUGCUGGGCAUUCUCCACAACAUCCACAACCUGUACAGCCACUCGCUU